UGAAAGCAUUUCUCAAUUAUUAUUAAUCCAAACAUUCUCAUAUUUAGUUUGAAUCUUCUAUCUUCUCUUCUAUUAAAGGAUCUUGAAACUACUUCACAAGGGGGAGGAAAGAGAAAGAAGAGAUAUUAAAACUCCAUGAGAAUACCAAAACCCACUUCGCUCCAAUAAUUCAAAAGCUCUCACUUUCUCAUUUUAAUUUCAAAAAACAGAAAGAAAAAAAAUCAUCUCUUUCUUCUAUAACUUCUAAAACCCUUAUCGAAGCUCCAACAAGAUCUGAUCAAGAGGAGAUGGAUCUCGAGGAGUGGGAGUUACUCCCCAAGAACAGCUUCAAAGAUCUUGAUCUUGAUCACGACGAGGAUCAUGAAGGAGCGAUGAUGAUGGACUAUUUCCUCUGCCCAUCUACUCAAGAUCCUCUCCACGAAACAGAGUCUCCUCCAAGAUCCAGAGUGGUCCCCACAAAGCUUCUCCAGGUUCCCAUAGCUUGGGAACCCGUGUUGGAUCACGAGAACAACAACAUACCCAAUGACCCGGAUCUUGAUCCGGUUCCUAAACAGACCCUUUUGACGGACUCUGUUCCGUCACCAAGUGUAUCCUUCAAGAAAAUGGAGGAAACCGAAUUUGCCGACAUGAAAACUGACCCACCCGUGAGGAUCACGAGUCCUCUGCCUCAGAUCCAUGCUGCGAAACCCUCUGAUUCCGAAGGAGGAGAUGACUUGCUAGAGAAGAAAGAAAAUGAUGAUGUGACCGGUGAUCGCUGUGGAGAGAGGUUGAACCUGUGGAAGACUGGUCUCAAUGGAAUUGGAGCGAUUUGUUCUUUUGGUGCUGCAGCUGCUGCUGCUACCGUAUGUGUCUUAUUCCUUGGGCACAACAAUAUCAAAAUUUGUAAGAACAAGAACCAGACGCUUAGGUUCCAGAUUUACUCCGAUGAUAAUAAGAGGAUGAAAGAAGUGGUGAAUCAUGCAACUAAGCUGAAUGAGACCAUCUUUGGUAUGAAAGGUGUUCCUGUUGUAAGAGCUCAAAUAUCUUUUGGAGGUUACUACGACGGGCUUUGAGUCUCAGCCGUCCAUAGUUAUGUUUGGACUCAACGGGUCAGAUCGGGUCUAUCCCACCCACCAGCUUCAUAAGUUCAAUAGUUUAUCUACUGGCGAACGUGCAUGAUUAUUGUCAAUAAGUUUUGUAAAUGAUAUUUUUUUUUUUUGGGUGCAAGUCGUCUAAUAGAUCACUGUAAAAUGUCACGUAAUUUUAAUUGUUGUUAAAGAACUCGAACAUCAUGUGCUCGUUUUUCUUCUCAUAUUGUAAAUUCAAUACUAGAUGAAAAGUUUGGAUCCAGUCUUGAAAAUUCGCUAUUAUAUCCGCUAUGUGGUUUGCUAAACAAAACAAAAUAAGAGAUUCGGUUAUACAUU